AUGAAUGAACAAGUUUCUAUAUUGGAACAUCGACUUACAUCAAAGCAAUUACCACCAGCAUCUACUGUUCUUGAUCAUAUAAUUGAUAAAAUUGAUACAAUACUUGCAAAAUCAAAUGAUAUUAUCAAAGAACAUACAUCAAGUAAUUCUUUAUCUGUUCAACUUGAGAGCAUGAAUCAGUUCAAACAUGAUAUUACUCAACAAAGUAUCAUUAUCGGUUGCAAAAUAGUAGAGUUUCGUCAAAACUACACUUGACGAAAAGGAAAGAUACUUUCAUAACAGAAAAAAUGAUAAUGCGCCCCUUCCAUCUGAAAUGCAUGUCGCAUUGAUCAACGUCAUCGAGACGCGUCGAUUACAUAUGAUUGAACAUGCCCAAUACAUAACCCAAUACAAACUGGCAAUAUAUUUCAAAUAGUAAAUAUUUAUAAAAUAUUUAUCCUUUUCAUAUCUCGACAUAAUUAUCUUCCCCUUUUGUCAUUAACCUUACUUACUUUUGAAUAUAAACAUAAUAUACUUACAAGCACAUUUCUAAAAAAACCAUUACAUUUCUAUUGUAUUCUAGAUAUCUACUACUAUUUUCAUUACUGAAUAAAAACACAACAUUUUCAAACAAACAGAACUCAGAUGAUAAAAGUAACAAACAUAAAAGAGUACUAGGUAAGCAUUAUUGAAGACUACCAACAGAAGAACAUUUUCGUAUGAAAAAUAACAUUCAUCAACUACUUAACGAUUUUAUAACUUACGAGGGAACAUUCCCAAGUGAUACGCACCAUUUGGGUUCAUAUUGUGCUCAUAAGUAGGACCCAAUAAGACUAGAAAAAGCCUAAAAGAGUUCGUGCCAUUAGGCCUUUCUUUCAA